AUGGGCGAGAGGACAAAAGACGUGCCGGAGCCUAUUGCCCUCAUAGGCAGUAGUUGUCGAUUCCCCGGGGGUUGCAACUCCCCAGCCAAGCUAUGGGAACUCCUGAAGGAGCCUGUUGACAUUGUUGCUGAAAUCCCAUCGAGUCGAUUCAACUCGGAAGGUUUUUAUCACGAAAAUCCAGAACAUCCUGGGACAACAAACGUGACAAAAGCCUACCUCCUUGACGAAGAUCCGUGUGUCUUCGACAAUGACUUUUUCGGUAUUAGUGCAAAAGAAGCGGAAUCAAUGGAUCCCCAACAGCGCAUCAUACUGGAGGUCAUAUAUGAAUCUCUAGAGUAUGCUGGGUACUCUCUCUCACAACUCAGGGGCUCGUCAACUGGCGUUUUCGUAGGUCAAAUGUCUGAUGAUUACCGAGAAAUGAUACUACGAGAUGCAGAUUGUCAUCCGCAAUAUACAGCAACAGGCAGUGCUCGUUCUAUAUUGGCAAACCGUGUCUCAUACAUUUUUGACUGGAAAGGACCUUCUCUGAAUAUUGACACGGCUUGUUCGUCUAGUCUAGCUGCCCUACACCUGGCAGUCCAAUCCUUACGAAGCGGGGAGUCUGAUAUGGCUGUAGUUGCCGGGGUGAAUUUAGUAUUCAAUCCUGAGAUGUUCAGUUUCUUGUCCAGCCUUCAUAUGAUUUCACCAUCUGCGCAAUGCCGUAUGUGGGACGCCAGUGCCGACGGAUAUGGUCGUGGUGAAGGUUUUGCCGCCGUUGUCAUCAAGACGUUGAGUCGGGCGCUCGUCGAUGGUGACGAUAUAGAAAGUGUAAUACGAAACACUGCCAUGAAUCAGGACGGACGUUCCGCCGGUCUUACGGUGCCAAGCGCAGCUGCCCAAACUGAUCUUAUCAAAUUGGCAUACGCAAGAUGCGGGCUGGAUUGUGAAAAGGAGGUGGACCGAUGCCAAUACUUUGAGGCUCACGGAACAGGUACACCUACUGGGGACCCAAAAGAGGCUGAAGGAAUAUAUACGGCCUUCUUUCCUCAUCAUGACCCUAUGCAAAUCGUCUUGGAAAAAGUUAAAAAUCAGAAGGUAUAUGUUGGCUCCAUCAAGACGGUUAUUGGCCAUUUGGAAAGCACAGCUGGAUUAGCGAGCCUGCUGAAGGUUUCGCAAGCUGUGAAAUACGGGCUCAUUCCGCCAAAUUUGCACUUCAAUCUGCUGAACCCAGAUAUAGAGCCAUUUUAUCAUCAUCUAGAGGUUCCAACCAGUCUCAAGCCCUGGCCGAAACUAUAUCCGGGGGCUCCAAGGAGAGCAGAUGUCAACAGCUUUGGAUUUGGAGGAACCAAUGUCCAUGCCAUUGUCGAAAGUUGGGAUAAUGGCUGUAAAAAUGUAAAUUCUAAUUCAUUGAAAGCAUCCACUUGGGGACCCUUUGUCUUGUCUGCCCACUCGCAAAAAUCCCUGGCGGCUACGAUUGAGUCGCUUUCCGCAACUCUCAAGAAGGACGACAGCAUUGACCUCCAAGAACUGGCAUGGACACUACAGAAUCGCCGGACGCACUUCAAGUACAGAGCCUCGUUUUCGGCCACUGAUAAAGAAGUUCUCUCGAGUAAGCUGGACUUGGCCAUGAGAGGCAAAGAGAAGUCACCACUAGCUACUCAGGUUACCAAGGUUACAAAACUCAAUGUAUUAGGCGUCUUCACAGGUCAAGGAGCUCAAUGGCCUUCCAUGGGAAAGAGCUUGUUUCUGUAUUCAGCCCGCUUUAGACGUACCAUACAGCGACUUGAGUCUAUUCUAAAUGAGGUUCCCGAUAGCCCAUCUUGGUCAUUGACGGAAGAAUUACUAAGACAGGGUGAUACAGUCAGGACAUUACCUGCUGCGAUCGCCCAGCCACUUUGCACAGCUUUGCAGGUGGCAUUAGUUGAGCUACUCAAGGAAUGUGGCAUAACGUUCAGUGCUGUGGUUGGUCAUUCAUCGGGAGAAAUUGCGGCUGCAUAUGCUGCUGGAGUUCUCAGCGUCAGAGAUGCUAUUAUCAUUGCAUAUUAUAGAGGAUACCACUGUCGCCAUAUACAAGUUAGCAGUGGAAAAAGUGGGAAGAUGAUGGCCGUGGGCAUGCCGCCUAAGGACGCAGCUAGUUUCUGCCGUCAGUCUCAUUUCUCUGGUAGAAUCGUUGUAGCGGCAGAGAAUUCUCAUUCUAGUGUCACUCUUUCAGGAGAUUGUGACGCCAUUGAUGAAGCUAAAGUCAUGUUGGAUGAGGCCGCAGUGUUUACAAGAAUUCUCAAGGUCGACACCGCGUAUCAUUCCCACCACAUGAAAUUUGUCCUUGAGCCGUAUCUCACGUCACUCAAAAACGCCAACAUUCAACCAUUGAGGAGGUGCUUUGCGGGUACUUGCAAUUGGUUUUCAAGUGUAUACUCUCCUUAUGAUAAUAAAGACAUGACAAGCCCAACUGCCUUUGAACACGAAUACUGGGCGGACAACAUGAUCAAUCCCGUUUUAUUUCUUCAAGCCAUAACUUCGGCCACACAAAAAGAGGAUUUUAACCUGGCUCUCGAGAUCGGGCCACAUCCAGCGCUAAAAGGGCCAGCUACCAAAAUUAUCAGAAUUAUCUCAGGUCGUAAUAUACCUUAUCAAGGUGUACUUGAAAGAAACAAGGAUUCUUUGGAUUACCUCUCAAAUUUGCUUGGUUUUAUAUGGCAAAAUUUCGAUCCCAAAAUCCCACCUAUAAACUUUGAGGGGUUUCAAAAAGCAUGCAAUGCACCGGAAUGGAGUAUGCCGAGAGUUCACAAAGGCUUGCCCCCUUAUCGGUGGGAUCAUGACAAACCCAUGCUCAGGGAAUCUAGAAGAUCAAAAGGGUGGCGCAUGCGCAACACUGGCUUUCAUGAGCUUCUAGGCCGCCCAGUUCCCGGUGGGACUAGUCAGGAAAUCCAAUGGCGGAAUAUUCUAAAAUUUGAGGACGUGGACUGGUUUCAGGGUCAUCAAUUCCAGAAUCAGAUCCUAUUUCCGGCCAGUGGAUACCUAGUGAUGGCUGCGGAUGCCGCCGCACACAUGCUCGGACAGAAUCAAUCCAUUCAAAUGAUUGAGUUGCAGGAUAUUAUAAUACAUAAUGGAGUCACAUUGAAAGAGGGUUAUCCAGGUAUUGACAUGGCUUUUUACAUCAAACUUGUCCACGAAGAUACCACGGGAAAAGUAGCCGAAUUUACUUGCAUCUGUCGUAAUGUCGAUGCAGCAACUACUGACUUUGAAAAAGAUGUUUUUACUGGCCGCAUCCUGGUGACCCUAGGUCCAGCUAUUCAAGAUGUCUUGCCUCGAGUUGUCGCUAAAAACCUUCCAAUGACAAACGUUAGCAUUGACCGAUUCUACUUCUGGAUGCAUAAAGUAGGGCUUCAAUAUUCGGAUCCUUUCCUACUAGAGUCAAUUCAAAGACGACUUGACUGCGCGAAGGUUAUCACAAAGCGUAUUACUGCUGGUCAGUAUACAAUCCAUCCAGCAACACUGGAUAGCGUUAUUCAGGGCCUGUAUGCAUCAUUCUCUUACCCCGGCGAUGGCCGCAUGUGGACAACAUAUCUUCCGAAGAGCUUCCAGCGAGUUCGUUUUGACAUGACUAGACGAUUGCAAAAUGAUAACCGUGCAAAUACCCAACUCGCAGCCAACUGUUAUCUGUCAAAGUCAUCGGCAAGGUCUAUCUGCGGCGAUAUUGACGUUUACUGCUUAGAGAAUGGCCAAACCGAAAUUCAGAUCCAGGAUGCUGUCUUUUCGUCACUUGAUGUACCUAGUGCUGCCAAUGACAGAACCAUGUUUUGGAAAACAACAUGGAACAGGGACAUAUAUUCUAUUGCAGAGCUAGCUCUAAGACAAAUAACCAGUGCAGAUGAUUUCAGAAUGCAUGAGAUUUGCGAAAGGGCGGCACUUUUUUAUCUCAAUCAGCUUUGUAAAGAGAUUGGGAGACAAGAAAUGACUUCAAUGGAGUCGCAUAUCCAAUCUCUAAUGCAUUGGGCUGUGGAGUAUGUGCUCCCCACAGCUCAGCAGGGCCAAAAUACUCCUUGGGAUCCUUCUUGGAAUAAAGAUACGCCAGAUUCGUUAAUGAAAAUAGACGAACAAUAUAACGAUCGAAUCGACCUUAAGCUCAUUCACCACUUAGGUUCAAAACUUGCAUCUAUUUUGCGUGGGGAGGGGACCGCGCUCCAAGUUCUCAGAGAAGAUAACAUGCUCGACACAUUAUAUACGGAAGGACUAGGAUUUCGCGAGUCAAACGCCCACCUUGGAAAUAUUCUCGACCACUUAUCGCAUAAAUACCCUCGCAUGCAGAUUUUGGAGAUUGGUGCGGGCACUGGCGGGUCCACAGUCACUGCGUUAGGACAUUUAAAAUCAAAUGUCGAGAAUUAUACAUUUACCGAUAUUUCACCUGCAUUUUUCUCUGAAGCCCAAACUCGUUUUAGAGAAUAUGAGGCGAUUAUGAAGUUCCGUGUUCUUGAUAUUGAAGGAACGCCUGCUGAACAAGGCUUUCAACCGCAUUCAUACGAUCUCAUCAUUGCCGCUCAUGUCCUCCACGCAACCAAGUCAAUUGCUCAAACGGUCAGGCAUUGUCGAGAGCUUCUACGUCCUGGAGGCUAUAUGAUAUUACUUGAGAUCACCAAUCCCAUAACGUUACGAAUCCCGUUCCUAUUCGGGGCUUUACCGGGAUGGUGGCUUGGUCAUAAAGAUGGUCGGACUCACAGUCCAACACUUACAGAGGCGCAAUGGAAUGCUUUCCUGACAAAUAAUUCCUUUUCAGGGGUGGAUUGUUCUUUAAGAGACUUCGGAGAUGAUCACAUGCAGACUUUCUCCGUCAUGGUAACUCAAGCAAUAGAUGAGCGAGUCAAUAUUUUGAAAGAUCCCUUGAACCUAGGCAACAGUGUGACACGUAUCGAGAAGAUGGUUAUCAUCGGAGGGCAUACCCUAGUAAUAUCCAAGCUGACAACGCGGAUACAAACUCUUCUCAGUUGCUUUGUGAAACAAGUAGUGGUUGUGAACGACUUGGAAGAUGUACCGAGAAGCGCUCUAAAGUACGGAAGUGCCGUUAUCUGCCUCUCAGGAUUAGAAGAGGCGACAUUUUUACGGAUGGAUGAGUGUCGCCUUUCAGCCAUGCAGUCGCUAUUUCGAGACGCAAAGUAUAUGUUGUUGGGUACCCGAGGAAGUCGUGCUGAUGAUCCCUAUGCCAGCAUGAUGGUUGGUGUUGCUCGCGCAGUUUCCCGAGAAGCGGAGCACCUUCGACUCAAAUUAGUAGAUAUUGACUACAUAGAUGCUCAGAACUACCAGUCGGUGGCCGUCAUGCUCUCUGAAAUGCUGUUGCAAAUGAUAUGUCUUGAUCUACAGGAGUUUGACGAUGUUUUCUGGAGUAAUGAGACUGAGGUAGCGAUUGAGGAUGGUAACGUUCUUAUUCCGAGAAUUGUUCCGGAUGAUGGACUGAAUGAUUUCUUCAAUUCAACAAGGCAUAAAAUUACCAGGAAUGUAUGUCCCACAUUGAAUCCUGUUGAGGUCCGUACAAAACAUCAGGGUAUUCAUGUUACCGCAGGAAUGGUGAGUGGCACAAAGCAAUCUUCUCCGGAAGACUUUGAUGUGUCCCAGGUCCUGUCAUCCUCCCUAUUUCAUUUCGUUUGUUUGGAUGACGAUCGACCAUUUUAUAUUUGUCUGGCUCAGUCCGCGGACAAUGAAAAUCAACGGUUUCUGGCAAUUUCAGAGACAAACUGUUCGAUUAUCAAAACAAAACCUGGCUUCAUUGUCGCAUAUGACAGUGGCGCUAACGCAGAUGACCUUCUUUCAUACAUCCUGACGACAAUAAUGUGCGAGAGUAUACUACGAUCUAGCACUGGCACUAUUUGGAUUCAUAAUGCUGAUGACAACACUGCUGAGAUUAUAUCCCAUGUCGCCAAACUUUAUGAUAUCUCCGUGUUCUUGACCACGAGCACUGAAAAUUCGGUACUGAUUAGUACUGGAAAGGGAACUUUCGUUCACCCACGAGCCGCCGAACGUGAGUGCAGAUCACUAUUACCUCGCAAUGUCGGACGUUUCGUGAAUAUGGGACCGGAUACAGACAACCUUGAGGAGUUUGCGAUGUCUUUUCUAGGACAUGAAAAGGUUGUUAAACAGGGAAUCUACAGCGUCAAUCUGAGGCAGGCAAUUCUUCUAUCGCAAAGUAAAUCUCGACUCCUAAAGACUCUGGAGGAUUAUUCUACCAACGCGGAUUUGUUCGAUUUACCGGGACACUUUGAGUCAAAAUCCAUAGUCAAGGCGAAUCAACUAGACAAACUCUCCAAAACGGCGCUCGCUACAUGCGUUAUUUCUUGGGUCGAUGUGCAAUCUGUCCCAGUCCCGCUAGCACCAGUUGUUGAUGGCAUUUGUUUUGCGACUGAUAAAACGUACUUCCUCGUUGGACUGACGGGUGAUGUGGGAUUAUCUCUUUGCCAGUGGAUGGCUGAUCAUGGCUGCAAAUAUCUCGUCAUCGCCAGUCGAAACCCACAUAUUCCUCCAGAUAUAUGCGAGCAUUUACAAAAACGUGGUGUCACGCUUCGUGUAUGUUCUCUCGAUGUUGCAAACAUGACAAGUCUUAAAGCUGUUCACAAGGAGAUAGUGUCAUCCAUGCCGCCUAUUGCAGGAGUAGCCAACGGUGCUCUCGUCGUACGUGAUAGACCUUUUGAUAGCAUGUCGCUUGAAGACCUUACAGCAGUCUUUGAACCCAAAGUCACUGGAUCCCAGAACCUGGAUGAGCUAUUUUACUCAACAUCACUGGAUUUCUUCAUUCUCUUCUCUUCAGUCUCGAGUAUCGUUGGACAUACGGGCCAAGCGAAUUACCAUGCUGCAAAUCUUUUUAUGUCAACUCUCGCGUUACAAAGACGCAAAAGAGGUCUAGCCGCGUCUGUAAUGCAUUUCGGGAUGUUACUUGGAUUUGGCUUUCUGCACGGACAGGCUAAAGCGAGUCUCGAAGCGAGGUUUCAGCGGGAAGAUCUGCAUGCUAUACCCGAGCAGGAUUUCCAUGCUAUCUUCGCGCAGGCGGUUAUAUCCGGGCGUCCUGAUUCCGGCCUAGAUCUUGACAUUAUUGUUGGGCUUGGUACAGAGAUUGAUACACCCUGGCGCUGUAUGCCCAGGUUUAGCCACUGUCGCGUCAAGAGCAGCGAUGAGAGACACGAAAGAGGUCCGAAUAACAACGAGGAGCAGCCAUUACAGUCCAUUCAAGAUCGUCUCAAAGCUGCUUGUAAUGAAGAACAAGCGACAUCUGCUCUGAAGGAAACUAUUGCUAGCAGAGUUAGUCUAGCACUUGGUUCACCGAAUAAAGAGAUCGAUCAGCAGGUUGGGUUGAUCCGCUUGGGUCUCGACUCGUUGGCAGCCGUCGAGAUACGUUCUUGGCUUUUGAGAGUAUUGGAGAUUGACGUGCCAGUUUUGAGGUUCUUGAGCGGUUCAUCUUUGAGUGAUAUAUGUCUUGAUGUAUUGAAUGACCUUCCGGUUUCGUUGAAAUCUUGGGUCAAUGACAGGGACAGAGAUUUCAAUAAACCAAGCCAGAAUGUCGGCUAUACUAGUUUUGAUACGGGCGCUGAGAACGACAGGGGUGAAUCUGCAGUAGACAACCCCGAGGAAAGAACAACAGAGGGAACAGACACAACCCUUGUUGUCGAUUCUAUCGAUGUAUCAGACGUGCCUUUAAGUCUGCUUACCAGGAUCAAUAAGAAGGAUGAGAAAACGUCACAAUCCAGUUACAAAAGAAAGGGGGACCUGUCUCAUGGUCAAGCCGAGCUGUACUUCCUACACGAAUAUCUGCAGAACAAUGCAUACAACGUCGCAUAUUAUGGCCGCUUUCGUGGUCACCUAGACCUGAAAAGGCUACAGAAUGCUCUCUUCGUAGUUGGAAAGCGACAUGAGGCUCUCAGAAGUGCAUACUUCCUGGAUAAAACCAGUGCGAAGCCGGUACAGGCCGUGUUAUCUGAGCCGCGAAUCAUAAUUACACACAGAACAGUUUCUGAUGGCAGCGACGUGAAACGUGAAAUCGACGCUGUUAAGGAUUAUAAAUUUGAGAUAGAAAAAGGCAUCGUCAUGAAGGUCGCAGUUAUGUCACACUCGCCCGAUCUUCAUACCAUACUCAUCAGUCACCAUCACAUAGCGCUCGAUGGGGUGGCUUGGGGUGUCUUCAUCGCCGAUUUGGCACAAGUAUACGCAGGACGUUUGAGCAAUAUGUCAUCCGGCAUUCCGCAAUCAAUCGAUAUAGCUAAAAUAAAAGCUACUAGAAAUACUCCUGAGAUCUUACAGGACGAUCUCACUUUCUGGGAAGAUGUCUACAGGACCGUUCCCGAGCCGCUUCCUCUUUUUCCAUUCGCUAAGUACUCAGCUCGACCGGCUACCAUGGAUUACGAUAAUUGUAUCAACAAUUUAAAGCUUCCUAUAGGGUUGUACAAGGUUGUGGAAAUGUCAGCCGGAAAGAUCGGUGUUACUCCAUUCCAUUUUUACCUUGCCAGCUUUGUCGCAUUUCUUUCUCGCUGCCUUAUGGUUGAAGACAUUGCCAUUGGGGUCGUGGAUGCAAAUAGGACUGAGGCAGAGGAUAUGAAAGCAGUCGGGUACUUCCUUAAUAUGUUACCAGUACGGAUUAUUGUUGAUCAAUCGGAGCAAUUUGAUGCUGUGGCUAGGAGAUCACUCAAUGCCACUUUGGCUGCAAUUGCGCAUUCUCACGCACCGCUUGAUUCUAUCCUUGGCAAGCUGAGAUUAUCAAAAUCGACUACCCAUCAUCCUCUGUUCCAAGUUGCCAUCAAUUAUCGCAAGACUCCAUCUGAUGAGACCGAUUUUGGCAGGGAUGGAAAGAUUGUGUGGGAUGGCGGUGUUCCCGGAGGUAACCCUUAUGACAUGCUCCUCAACGUUGUGGCGACACCAAACUCGAGUAUUUUAUCUCUGAUUACGCAGCGGGGUCUUUAUGGGGCGUCUGAUGGUGCGCUUAUACUAAAGUGGUAUACACGUGCUUUGGAAGCCCUAGCCCAGAAUCCUAGUUGUGAAAUUAGUCGGUGUCCUAUAUCAAGCGAUGCUGACAUCAAGAUGGUCAUAGAACUCGGGCUCGGCGAUGUGGUGGAGGUGCCAUGGAAGGGCACAAUCACGGAUCGCGUCGACAACAUAGCAGGUGCACUACCAGAUAUCAUCGCCAUUCAAGACGAGGAUGGUCAUAGCCUGACAUACACACAAACGAUACAGAGGAUGACGGACAUUACGCGCCAAUUACAAUCACUUCCUCCCGGUUCGUACGUAGCCAUGCUUCUAGACCCAGUUUCUGAUGCAGUUUGUUGCAUCCUGGCUAUUUUAAGAUUGAAUUUGGUUUGGAUCCCUUUGGACACACGUAAUCAUUUACGACGCCUCCAAGCUGUUCUAGAAGAGAGCCGACCUCGAGUUUUGGUCUGCCAUGAUGCGACGCAGGAGAUAGCGAAACAGAUUGCCAUAUCGGUGGACUGCAUUUACCUAUUGAAUAUUGAUCAUAACCGAGUCGGUCAUAUUGCAGCCGAGAACAAUAUGUCUGCAUCUGGGGAAAGCGAAGUGGAUGACAGCAAUAACCCUAACCAACCUGCAAUGAUCCUAUAUACCAGCGGAUCUACUGGAUUGCCCAAGGGUGUUAUGCUCACUCACGAGGGGCUUAUAAAUCAAAUAUACGGGACAACAACCACCUUCAAUCUUGGACGUGAGAUAACACUACAGCAGAGCCCAUUGGGCUUUGAUCUGAUGCUCGAUCAAAUCUUCCUCGCCCUAGCAAAUGGAGGCACAAUCGUCAUGGUUGGAAAAUCUGGCCGAGGGGAUCCAACACAUAUAGCCAAUCUAAUAGUCAGACAUGGCGUAACGCUAACACAUUUUGUGCCAUCCGAAUAUUCUGCACUGCUCAAUUACGGACAACAUAUUCUUACAAAGGCUCAUUCGUGGCGCUAUGCCAUGUCAGGUGGGGAAAAGCUGACCUCGGAGUUGCGCAGAGCUUUCUGUAAGCUGAACCUCAAUGACUUGAAGCUUCUCAAUGUGUAUGGACCGGCAGAGAUCACGUUGGCUUGUGCCAGAGGUAUUGUUCCAUAUCGGGAGGGUAAUGAUAGGACUGAUUAUCUCCACCCAUCUCCAAACUAUGGUUUACAAAUCAUGGACAUCGAUAUGAAUGUUAUGCCAGUGGGCUUUCCCGGUGAGAUAUGCAUUUCUGGACAAGGUGUUGGCCUAGGCUAUCUUCAACGACAAGAGGAAUCAGCGGCAAAGUUCGUUAAGACUAAUACCGACAUAUCAUUCUCUUCGGAUAUAAGAUUGUAUCGCUCCGGUGACAAAGGCAGAAUCCUGCCGGAUGGCACGAUUGAGGUACUUGGGCGAUUAGAUGGCGAUACUCAAGUUAAGAUAAAUGGCUUUCGCGUUGAGCUUGAUGAGAUUGCCAACGCCAUUUUGCACAUUUCUGACGGUAGGAUCGCAAAUGCUGCUGCUUCUUUGAGAACGGGUCGACCAUUGGAUGUACUCGUUGCUUUUGUUGAAUUCGACGUCGACUUUGCUGGUCAUAAGUCCUAUCUCAUAGAUUGGAUCCGAUUGAAUCUUCCUUUGCCGCCACCUAUGAGGCCAACCUUCAUAGUCCCGAUUGAAAGGAUGCCAGUAACUGCUAACGGCAAGACGGAUCGAAAUGCUGUUGAUAAACUACCCAUACCAGAACCGCCAAGCUUGAACGAUAUAGAAAACAUCACGCAUACUUUGACUUCGAUGGAGAAGGAUUUGAAAGAAAUUUGGGAAGAGACUCUAUCAAGCCGAACUGCACAAGUAUUUGGAAAUAAUUACCGGAAUAUCGUAAUCCAGCCUAAUUCAGACUUCUUUCAAAUUGGAGGCAAUUCCAUCUUGAUGAUCAAGCUGAAGGCCCUCAUUGAGGUCCACUUCGGUGUAACGCUCUCUAUGCCUGAGCUGUUCCACACCAGCACCUUACACCACAUGGCCACGCUGAUUGGGAGUGCCUUCAACAAUACACAAGACCAUGCCUCGUCACACACAACAACAUCGUUCUUGACACCUAGAGAUACCCGAUCAACGAUGAACUGGGAUCUUGAAAUUGCAAGCUUGGUGGAUGGACUCCAUCAACCAAGUUCAGUUCCGUUGUUUAGCAGAGCCUCUCGUGCUAGCAGUGGUCUUAUCUUUGUCUUAACUGGCGCCACAGGGUUUAUUGGACGCCAUGUACUGUCCCAUCUAGUCCAGGAUCCAAGAGUAGCACAGAUACACUGCCUAGCAAUACGGCCUGAUGCGGCUGGGAGGUCACGUCAUGCCUCAGUAAAGAGCGACAAAAUAAUUGAGUAUACGGGCGAUCUUUCUACUAUCAAUCUUGGAUUAUCUGACUCCGAAUACAAAUUCCUGACCGAAACAGUUGAUUGUAUAAUCCACAAUGGUGCCGACGUCUCACUGUUAAAGACGUACCACUCCCUUCGCCACGCCAAUGUUCUUUCGACACGUACACUCUGCCAGAUGUCGAUUCCGCGUGGUAUCCCGCUUCACUACAUAUCUACCGCAUCUGUGGGGAAAGCAAUACGGCAUGAUAAGGACGAGCCCCUAUAUGAGGUUCCUGCAUCUCCGGGCGAUUCUGGUUUACUAAACUUAAUUGAUGGAUACGCAGCCUCAAAAUGGGUCAGUGAGAAGCUCCUUGAUAAAGUAGCAACUCAUAACGGACCAUCUGCAUAUGUUCAUCGGUUAGCGCAUGUCAUGGGUAAUGACACAUCAGAGUUAGAUGCCGUUGGUAUGCUGACCAAGUACUCCGUCUUGCUGCAUGCAGUGCCGUGUAUUGAUAAAGAGUAUAUUACGGGUCAGUGGGACUUCAUCACAGUGCACGAAGUGGCCAAGGAUAUAGUUGAGUCGGCUAUUGGAUGUACGACUAGGAAUACUUCGGGCACCACAUAUGUUAAUCAUUGCAGCGAGAUAAAAGUUCCUCACGAGGGUCUGAAGGGGUACUUGGAAGAAAAAUCUGGAGUGACCUUGCGAGAGAUGGAUAUGGAAGAGUGGCUGACUUUAGCGAAAGAAAAGGGACUUCAUCCUCUUGUUUAUGAGUUCCUAGCCGCGUUUAAUAAAGGAAAAGGACAAAUGGUGCUGCCUAUGAUUGCGAAGGGUGUCGGUCCUGACAACAUUUGA